AUGUCACAACUCGGUUCGGUGGCCUUGGCCAAUGGCUCCGCGACGCCGAAGAAAGUCGCCUACUUCUACGAUUCCGACAUUGGUAAUUAUGCUUAUGUUACCGGUCACCCCAUGAAGCCCCAUCGCAUACGUCUCGCGCACAGCUUGAUCAUGCACUACGAUCUCUUCAAGAAUAUGGAGAUCUAUCGAGCGAAACCUGCGACGAGGGGAGAGAUGACCCAGUUCCACACAGACGAGUACAUCGACUUCCUCCAAAAAGUCACUCCCGACAACAUGGACGCCUACCAGAAGGAACAGGGAAAGUACAACGUCGGAGACGACUGUCCCGUCUUUGAUGGUCUUUUCGAGUUCUGCGGCAUCAGUGCUGGUGGUAGCAUGGAGGGUGCCGCACGUCUUAAUCGCCAAAAGUGCGACAUCGCUGUCAACUGGGCCGGUGGUCUUCAUCACGCCAAAAAGAGUGAAGCCAGUGGCUUCUGCUACGUCAACGACAUCGUCCUCGGCAUCCUCGAGUUAUUGCGUUUCAAGAAGCGCGUGCUCUACAUCGAUAUCGACGUCCACCAUGGCGAUGGCGUCGAAGAAGCCUUCUAUACAACCGAUCGAGUCAUGACCGUUUCCUUCCAUAAAUAUGGCGAGUACUUCCCCGGUACUGGCGAACUUCGCGACAUUGGUAUCGGCACCGGCAAGCACUACGCCGUCAAUUUCCCUCUCCGUGAUGGUAUCGACGACACCUCAUACAAGUCGAUUUUUGAGCCAGUCAUCGAGCACGUCAUGAAGUUUUACCAACCUGAGGCCGUUGUAUUGCAGUGUGGCGGUGACAGUUUGUCUGGUGAUCGCUUGGGCUGCUUCAACCUCAGUAUGGAAGGUCACGCCAACUGUGUUGGGUAUGUCAAGAGUUUCGGUUUGCCGACCCUGGUUCUGGGCGGUGGCGGAUACACUAUGCGCAACGUCGCUCGCACAUGGGCAUUCGAGACUGGUGUUCUCGUGGGCAAGCAUCUUCCCAAGACUCUUCCCUACAACGAAUACUACGAAUACUAUGCCCCCGAUUUCGAACUCAACGUCCGUCCCUCGAACAUGGAGAACUCGAACAGCUUCGAAUACCUGGAGAAGAUCAAGGCCGCUGUCAUCGACAACCUCAGACAUACCCAACCCGCCCCCUCUGUCCAGAUGCAAGAUGUACCUCGUCAACCCUUUGGUGGCAUGACGGACGAGGAAGAAGCCGAGCUCAACGAUAUGGACGAAGACGAACACGCAGACGAACGAAUGACUCAACGUCGCUGGGACCAGCGCACCCGCAACGAGGCCGAGUUCGAGGACAGCGACGACGAAGAUAUGGAUCAGGCAAACGGCAUGACGCGCCCUCGGAAUGCUAAGAAACGUACCUUUGGCGAUUACCGACAGGCGGAAGGUGAAGUCGACAGCGGUGCACCCUCACCCGUGAAUGGUGCUCCUGAGGGUGAAGAAGCCCCCAACGCGGAGCCGCUUGUGGACGCCGAUAUCACUCUCGAGAACCCCGCCGAACCCGAAGAAACGUCUGACAAGUCAGAGAAGUCAGUUCCAGAAAAGGAGACCGCUCCGGAGGCCUCGAAGGAGGACGGCGUCGAUGAAGAUGGCGAUGUUGGAAUGGAAGACGGAGCGGAUGUUGAGGAAGGCACGACCACAAUCAAGAAGGAAGAAGUUGAGGCAGAACCCGUCCAGGUAGCUGAGAAAGAAGAAAAGGCGGAGAAGCCUACUUCACGCAAGCCUUCCGCCGAACCUACAGCUGAGCCGCCUGUUGCAGAAACGACAGAGACAACCGAAGCCACCGAGGCUACCAACGAAACUACCAAGGCGACUGAAACGGCGCCUAGCAAGGAAGCAGAGGCGGCCGAGCCUAAUAAAUCCACGUCUGAGGUCGCGGUCGAUGAACCAGUCGCUGAAACCAAAGAGACGACCCCUGAAAAGGGAAAGGACACUGCUGAAAAGCCCGAGGUCAAGGCUGUUGAGGAGGGGGAUAAGAUGGAUGUUGACGAGAAAUCGACCGAGGAGGAAGCCAAGAAGGAAUAG